AUGGCAGGAGACGCAGAAGACCGCGCCGCGCUCGUCAACCGACAGCUCCCAGAGAUGACCCUGUCAACAGCCGACAACCCUCUCACAGCACCUAGACCACCACCAGAGAACCUCUCCACCGGAGAAAGAGCGCAGUAUAGGUUCCAGGUCAAGGGCAAUGCGAUCAUCACCGGCGGCGCCGGAACCCUCGCCCUCGAAGCCGCAGCCGCCCUCCUCGAACACGGUGCCACGGGCCUCGCCCUCUGGGACAUGAACCCGGACCAAGCCUUCGAAAGCGUCAAGAAACUGCACUCCAAGUUCCCCCACGCGCGCAUAAUAACCGAAGCAGUCGACGUACGCGACGAGAAAGCCAUUGCUUCAGCCGUCGAAAGCAGCGUAAAGGUACUGGGCAGCAUAGACAUGCUCUGCUGUUUCGCCGGCGUCGUAGGCUGCACACACGCGAUUGAGAUGGCGGCGGAUGAAUGGCGGCGCACCCACGAUAUCAAUCUUACCGGCUCAUUCCUCUGCGCACAAGCUGUUGCGAAGCAGUUCCGUGCGCAAGGCACGGGGGACGGCGCUGUUGUCGCUGGCGAAGAGUUUGGCGGCGGAGUGGAGUAG